AUGAGUAAUAUCUACAUUACUGAACCGCCAACAAGUGGCAAGGUCUUGGUAGUAACUUCCUGUGGAGACAUUGACAUCGAAUUAUGGUCUAAAGAAGCACCUAAAGCUUGCAGAAACUUUAUACAGCUAUGCAUGGAAGGCUAUUAUGAUUCUACCGUCUUUCAUAGGGUUGUCAAAAAUUUCAUUAUCCAAGGCGGAGAUCCUACAGGAACUGGUCAAGGUGGUGAAUCCAUCUACGGAAAAUCAUUCCAGGACGAAUUUCAUCAACGACUAAGAUACACGCGAAGGGGUUUAGUCGGUGUAGCCAAUUACGGACCGAAUACAAAUGGUAGUCAAUUUUUUUUUACCUUAGACCGAGCUGAUGAAUUAAACGGCAAGAACACUAUAUUUGGAAAGGUCACCGGUAAUACUAUCUAUAAUGUACUUAAAAUUGCUGAGGUUGAAACUGAUGGGAACGAUCGACCACUUUAUCCUCCAAAAAUUAUUAAAACAGAGGUACUUGCAAAUCCUUUCGACGAUAUUGUUCCUAGAUUACUGCAAAAAGCUAAGCCUAAGGUUGAAAUUGAAGCAAAGAAGCAGGCAAAAUCAGCAGCAACAAAAAACUUUAAAUUACUGUCUUUUGGGAUGGAAGAAGAAGAAAAUGACGGUGAUGUUGCAGCUACAUCCACAGAUCGCAAAAUUAGGAGUAGUCAUGAUGUCCUUGAUGAUCCAAAACUAAGUGCUGAGCCAGCCAUCGAGUCAAGCAGUAAAAGGCGACUUUCUGACGAUGAAGAAAAUGUAUCGGAAGAAUAUGACAACCUCAUGAAAGAACGGAUUAGGAAUAAACUACAGAAUAGGAAUCAAAUUGAAAAACCAGUUAUUGAAACGCAGGAAAAGAAGAUUUCUAGAACUGAAGAGUUACGAAAAGAGGCAAAAGUACUGAUGCGAGAAAUAAAAAAAUCCCGCAAACAGGAAACAGUAAAGGAUGAAUCAGAUGAUGAUGAGGAUGAAGAAGAGGGUGAAAAUGAAGUUAUGAAAGAGUAUAGAGAGCAACAGCAGAAAUACUCUACGAAUAAAAACUUACGAAAGGACUCUAAUAGGGAAAAGAAGACUCUUGAAUUCUUAGCGAAAUUCCAAUCAAAGCUUCAAGCAGCAAGAAGUAUGCCUUCGGAUAACGACUCCAUGAAUACUGAUGGAAAAGAUAAUAAGAUGUCUAUUCGAUUGGAUAUCGAUAAUACAGAACAUAAAUCUAGGGAUCCGAAUAAGCAAGACGUCGACGCCUACCAUAUUUACGAUCCGAGAAAUCCGAUCAACAAGAGACGACGUGAAAAAGGAAAAGAGAGACGUUAA